AUUUGGACAUGGACAUUUCACGUUUUGUUGUACUUGUACGAAUAGCAGAUAAAGAUUUAAAUUAGUGUUCAGUACUAUUUAAAUGAAAGUGCUAAAUGUCCCUAUGUUAUUAACAGUAUUUUCAAUAUUCUUACAAUAUUUCUAAGAUGAGGUUAAAAGCUUUAUGUCAAUAAUCUCGAACGUAGCACUGUUUUGUUGUAUUUUAUUUUGUUCACUAAAAAUUAAACUUUCCAAACAGUGAUAUAAAAUAUGAUUUUUGUGGUAUAUUUCUAAUAUGAAAUAUUAUUAUAUAUGAGUGUCAAAUAUCAAGAACAGUUCGUGUGCUCAAUUGGCGAAACAUUAUUGUUUUCAAAGUUAGGUCGUCGUUUUUACUUUCUGUAAAGAUAUUACAAACUGUACUUUGUGUUGUGGUGGUAAUAUAAAAAGUAUUUGUUGAAAAAUCUUUGGAUCAUAACGUAGUAUCAAGAUGCUCAAACUCACAAACCGCCACCGUCGCUACUGUUAAUCGACUCUGUCAUGUGGUAGCCAUGAUGUCGUGGGGCGAAGCGCUGGGCCGGAGCACGUCCGCGCACUUCUCCCGCGUGGGCCGUCUCCGGCGGGCGCUGCUGUUGCUCGCGGUGGCGGCGUGCACGGGCGUCGCGCUGAUCUACUGGCGCCAGCAGACCGGUGACCAGGCUCAUCGACCUCUGCACAGCUUGUAUUCGGGUGUGGAGCCGCAAUGGUCAUGGGUGUGUCGAAAUGAGCGAUGUGAAAGGUUGCUCGCGACCGAAACGUCUAUACUACAGUCCCUUCCCACUUGCAACAUGCUCUGUGCAUCUACACAGCUCUGGCCACAACCAACGGGGCCUGUCAGUCUUGCCACUGCCGCCGUUCCAGUAAGCUCUGACGGAUUUUCCUUGCAGAUUCGAUCUUCGCCAUCUCGAGAUGUGUCGAAUCACCUCAACGACGCAUUCUUAUUGUUUACUGAAGACUUACGUUCGUUAGAAAGAAGCGGCUACACAGAGAAUCGGCGAUCGGAUAUCGGUCCAGCGAGGGACGUGAUAGUCCGCGUGGCUGUCAACGGUAGUGGAGAUCCCCGCUUGCGUCUCGAUACUAAUGAGAGUUAUAAACUCACUUUGCAACCAUCGGGUAACUCUCUUUACGUAGACAUCAGCGCAUUUUCGUUUUGCGGCGCCAGACACGGCUUCGAGACGUUAUCUCAAUUAGUAUGGGUAGAUCCUUACGCUGGGUCGCUUUUAGCUAUAGAAGCGGCGAGUAUUCAAGACGCGCCUAAAUUUGGAUUCCGAGGUUUAUUACUAGAUACGGCAAGGAACUUCUUCCCUGUAAACGAAAUUAUUAGAACCAUAGAUGCCAUGGCUGCGAACAAAUUAAAUACGUUUCACUGGCACAUAAGUGACUCUCAAUCGUUUCCAUUAAAGUUGCACAGUGCACCUCAAUUAACCCAGCACGGGGCAUAUGGGCCAGCAGCAAUAUAUACUACAGAAGACGUGCGUAACGUUGUACGGCGAGCUAGGCUUCGAGGUAUUCGGGUCUUAAUAGAAGUUGAUACUCCAGCUCAUGUAGGACGCGCGUGGGCGUGGGGACCAACAGCUGGCUUGGGACAUCUGGCGCACUGUGUGGAAGUGGAACCAUGGAGUGCGUAUUGCGGUGAACCGCCUUGUGGCCAACUUAAUCCUAGAAAUCCACAUGUCUAUCAAAUAUUGGAACGCAUUUACGCAGAAAUCUUACAACUCACGGGUGUUGAUGAUAUCUUUCACCUUGGAGGUGAUGAGGUUUCCGAACGGUGUUGGACGCAGCACUUCAAUGACACCGAUCCAAUGGACUUGUGGUUAGAAUUUACACGACGCGCAAUGGUUGCCUUACAGCGAGCAAACGGCGGUAAAUUACCUGAACUAACGUUACUGUGGUCAUCGCGGCUAACGCGAUCGCCAUAUUUAGAAAGGCUAGAGAAAAAGCAUUACGGCAUUCAAAUUUGGGGAGCUUCUCGAUGGCCAGAAUCACGAGCUGUUUUGGAUAUGGGAUUUCGUUCGAUAAUAUCGCAUGUUGACGCUUGGUACUUAGAUUGUGGUUUCGGUUCCUGGCGAGAUAAUUCGGACGGGCACUGUGGGCCGUAUCGGUCUUGGCAGCAGAUAUAUGAGCACAGGCCGUGGGCGGAAGAGAUGCCGGGAAUGUCCACUGGUGUAGAGCCGUGGCGAGUUGAUGGCGGCGAAAUAUGUUUGUGGACUGAACAGCUGGGCCCGGGAGGUUUGGAUGCUCGGUUGUGGCCAAGGUCCGCUGCUGUAGCAGAGCGAUUGUGGUCUGAUCGCCCCGAAGGCGCCACUGCUGAUGUGUAUCUCAGACUCGACACCCAACGAACGCGAUUAUUGGCUAAGGGUGUAGAGGCAAUGCCGCUGUGGCCUCGAUGGUGCACUCAUAACCCUAACGCUUGUCUCUAAUCAAUCUCAAGUAUUUUUAUAACACGAGAAGUAUUUCAAUGCCCUCUUCUGUAUAAAGUUUGUAUCGUUAAGGUGUUUUAAACCUGUAAGCGUAUGGCUUGUUAACUUAAACAUUAGAGAAAUAGUUGCGCUGUACAUAAUCGAUUUAAGUAAAACUGAAUAGAUAGACUCUUUGUACAUAAUGUAUCUCGAUGUAAUCUGGUGAACGUAUAAAUUAGACAUAGAAAAAUAUUGAGCACUCAAACGUAGAUAGAUAAAUGUUUGAGAGUAUCUGAACUGCCAUGUAGGUCACAAUUAUUUGCUUCUAUUAGUUAAAUAGCUCUACUUUACAAUUUUUUUUUAUUUAAGGUAUAACUAUUAAAUGCACGAAAUUUACGUUCAUCUUUGUCGAUACUUUUAUUUGUUUAUUUUUAUAGAUGUUUUUUUGGGAAAUUAUAAAAGCCCGAACACUAUUUUAUAUUUCUGUUGUUAAGCGUGGAUUGUUAAAGAUAUUGUAAGUACAUUUAAAUGAUUAUUUAUUGGUAUGAAACAAGUGAUACUCACAUUUUUAUAUUAUAGUAAGAUUGCGACUUAUUUAUUAAGAUGGUCAUAGUUUGCGUUAAGUUGAUUAUGAAGAUCUGAAAACAUUUCAUAUAUUUGGGGUUUAUUACUUAGAAUUAAAAAAUAAUUCGAUUAUUGAUUUAAAUAUAAGUGCAACAAUUGAUAUUAUUUACAAUGGAAGUUUUUAUGCUGCAAAAUUCCGUACGUUAAUUUUUUUGUAUAAGUACAGUUUAAACGAGUUUAAAUGUAAUGUUAGUUUAUGGAAAUACAAUAAUACAUAAAACCGUUUAAAGUUCACACAAUGAAAAUCAAUUUUUAAUUAUUGUA